AUGGCCUUAGUCAUAGAGUUGCAUCAUGGUACCCGAUGUGUAAGGCUUUUGGCGUUCCCCAAGGAGUGCCUGUGCCUCGAUUGGGGGAACGAUUUAGUGUGUUGUGAUGGUGGUGGUGGUGGUUGUAAAAAGUGGUGGCGGUUCCUACAACAAGGCGGAAGUGAACCUAGUGUCAUUUCAAUUCGCGCGCAGGUUUUGAUGGUGUAUCACUUUGGUGGGAAUUGCGAAACGAUGACCAAACCUUCCAUUCAAAAUGACUUCAGCUUCUAUCGGCGUCUGAGACAAAGACGAAGACCUGGUGUGGAUUUCUCUCGAAAGAAUUCCUCUGUCGCUUACAGUGCCGAGGACGCCCUACUCAGGCAAGAGAUUGAGGAGUUGAGUGAUGAGUGCUGCAGCAAGAUGUCUCUUUUCUACGCUGAGGCCACACCAAUGCUCAAACUCAUCAGCCGAUAUGCAACUCAAUGCCACAUGGUGAAUUUCACUCCUCCUGCCUUCUUUACACUUGAAUUCGCUGCAACGGGGCAGUAG